AUGGUCAUCGGCCUUAUCAUCAUGGGCGUCAUUGCUGUCGGCGUAGAAACAGACAUCGACCGCUCCCUCAUCGACCAAUCCCGAUACCUCGAAUCCAGCCUCCUAGGCUGGCAACUUAUCUACAUCCUCCCUGUCGCCAUUUUGUCAAACGACUUCUUCCUCUCAGGCUUCUGGAUGCGUACUUUCGCCGCUCGCACGGACAGGGAUCUCUGGAUUGGUGUCUCACUCGCCAGUAUGGGCGUACUGAUCAUCCUCACUCUGCUAGGCGUGGGAGGAAUGCUUGCAGCCUGGUCUGGUGCGUAUACCAUUGGCGACGAAGAAAACGGCUCUUUGGCCUUCUUCUUGUUGCUAGAACGGCUGCCUGCGUGGGUUGUCGGUGUUGUUCUCGUCAUGACCAUCUCGCUUUCCACUGCUGCAUUUGACUCUUUCCAAUCGGCCAUGAUCAGCACGGGAAGCAACGAUUUCUUCCGCAACAAACUCAACAUCUGGAUCAUCCGCGCGUGCGUUGUGGCGCUCAUCUUCCCUGUUGUCGUCGUGGCUCUGCGCAGUCCCGAUAUCCUGCAAAUUUUCCUAAUCAGUGAUCUUGUCAGUGCAGCGGUUGUACCUUGCCUCGUCAUCGGGCUGAGCGACAAGUUUUACUUCUACCGGGGUUUCGACUUUGUUAUUGGAGGCCUUGGGGGUAUCUUCACCAUCUUCUUGUUUGGGCUUGUCUACUACAAUGGCGAUGUCACUCUAGCCGGGAACUUGCUGUUGUUGGAAGGUGGAUUGUACGCAAAUGACUGGAGCGCUUUCGGUGCUUUCGUAGCAGCGCCCUUCGGAGGUCUUCUUUGGGCUUUUGCUGCUUGCGCUCUCCGCAUCGGGUUCCUCUGGAUCAAGGCCAAGUUUCAGGGUCGUCGCUUCGACGCGUUUGACCGACCUCUUCCACGAAACAUCGAUAGACCUGGUGCUUUCGACGAGCACGAUGAUGAGGCUGUGGUUGAGCAUAGCAGCAUCGAGAAUGGCAGCAACGGGAAGUUCUUUUAA